AUGGCACAUGGCUAUCCUGGACAAGAACCACAAGUAUAUGUGAUGUCAGAAGAUGAAGCACACAGUUUGUUGGAACGUCACAGUCAUAUGGAUGUAUUCAAGAAAGUUCAAGAAGCCAAGGAUGAUUUUGGAAAUAAGAAAAAGAAGCUUCAACAAGCAAUGUACUUGCAUUCGGUUGGUAAGAUACUUCAUUUCGAGACAUUGCCAUCUUCAAGACAAUAUGAUUCUGAAAUUGUCGAACAGUAUCUUGAAAAAGCCAUACUCUAUCAAAAUGCAGCUCAACUUCUUGAAAAACGUGAAGAGUUUGCUGUGAUUGAGGACGACUUUGGACCAAUGCUGGAACAAUACUAA